AUGGCUUGGUUGAUUAAUCUUAUUCUUUUCAUUGGACUAACAAAAGCUCAGUUUUCCGAUAUGACUGAUAAUAUUGACGUUGAGGAAAGAAUUAUAAGUCUACUUCUAAGAUUGCAAACGGAUAAAUACUACGACACCCUACUAAUUUACGGAGAGAAUUGUGUCUUUCCUUCCCUAUCCCGACGAUUACAAGUUCCCACAGUUCUGGUGUCUUCUUCUUCUGGCAGCACGAACUUCGACUGGAAUUUCAGUAGUUUAGCACUUGUACUGAGUUGUGAUUUUCAAGCCGAGAGGGAGGAGAACUAUCGCACACUAAUGAAGCUGCAAAUGAACAGACGACUUAUCCUUCUACAAGGGGAUACCCAAACGGAGUCGGUGUGCGACUUCUAUUCAAAAAUGGAGCAAUAUAAUGUUGCCAUUGUGAAAGUCAACGGGUCUGUCUACUCCUGUCGCUACUUUCAGGAUCAAAAUUAUGAAGAAGUGAAUCUAUUUGAUGGUAAACCCAUUUUCAUAGAUCAAUUUCGAAACAUGCAUGGAGCACCGAUCAGAACAAUAACAGACAACUUGGCACCGCGGUCAAUGGUGACCCAGGACCCGAAAACAGGGGAAAAGAAGUGGAUUGGCUUUGUGGCGAAUUUAUUGAAUAACUUUAUUGAGAAAGUCAACGCAACCCUGGACAUGCAGGUGAAAUUGACCGAGGUCGAGGGGAAGGUCUUUUUUGUGAAUAUUUCGAAAUGGACCGCAAAUGACCUUUUGGAUAUUGGCAUGAGCGUGGACACCACCUGGGAAAUGAGCAACUUUGAUACGUUCACCUAUCCGUACCUGAUGUGCUCCUACUGCUUUAUGGUGCCUCUUCCGGAGAAGAUACCGUACAACGAGGUCUAUGGUGUGAUUAUAGAUCAUAGCGUUCUGGGCCUACUCAUUGUCAUGUUCUGCAUCUUUUCGGUGAUGCUUAUCUACAUCCAGAGAAAGUCCUUUCGAGGUCUGACCUUGACCAGUGUCCUGAUGAACGAUAUGUGCUUGAGGGGAUUCUUGGGUCAGCCGUUUCCCUUUCCCCGCCAAUCCAGUAGGAAACUGAAGCUGAUCUGCUUGCUCCUGUGUUUCGCCAGUCUAAUGACCACAACCAUGUACGGGGCCUAUCUGAAUACCUUUCUGUUUAGUCCUCCACCUAAACCAAUGAUUCGUACCAUUGGCGACUUUGAAAAGUCCAGGUACAAAAUUGCCAUGAACUGGGUCGAAAUGGAUAUGCUGCGCUUCGGGAACAAUCGUAAACUGGAAAAGGUGAGCGAUGAACGAGUCAAGAUCUUUGAAGACUACUACGAGUUUGUGAGAUUACGCGAAUCCUUUGACGACAACUAUAUCUUUCCGGUGACCAGUGUGCGCUGGGGCACUUACAGCGAGCAACAGCAGCUAUUUCAUCACCCCGUAUUCUACUACUCAGAUGAUUUUUGUCUCAGUCGCUACAGCAUAUUGAGCUUCCCCAUUCGACGUCACUUGCCCUAUCGCCAUCUCUUCGAGGAGCACAUCCUGCGGCAGAAGGAAUUUGGCUUAUUGAAGUACUGGAUCGACCACAGCUUCUUGGAUAUGCUGAGGCUCGAUCUUACACCGUUUACGGAUUUCAGCAAACCGCAAGAUGAUGACUUGGUCAUCUUCGUGGAUGAUCUUUACUGGGUUUUCGGCCUCUACGCGUUUGCAUUGGGUAUCAGUUGCGCUUGCUUCGCCCUGGAGCUCUUGGUAUCUUUAAAAUGCUGGAGCCGCUUUAAGACAUAUAAAUGGGGAUGGUUUACAAAUUAUUAG